AUGCAGUGGUAUGAUAAGCUAGCUAGCAGCCUCUGUUCAAAAGGGUACACUCAUUCAAACAGUGACUACUCAUUGUUUUACAUGAAGCAGAGAUACUCACUAAUGUUUGUUGUUGUAUAUGUUGAUGAUAUCAUCUUGACUGGGACUGACUUGGAGGAAAUUGCAUCUUUGAAGGCCUUCUUGCAUGAUCAGUUUAGAAUAAAGGAUCUAGGGAAACUGCACUAUUUUCUGGGAUUGGAAAUACUAUAUAGACCUGAUGGUGUCCUCAUUUCACAAAGAAAGUUCACUCUUGACCUCCUAAAGGAGUUUGAUUCUAUUGACUGCAAGACCACUACUUCACCACUUGAUCUUGUUGAAAAACUGAAGGCCACAGAGGGCAAGUUAUUAUCAGAUCCUAUUCACUAUCGAAAGUUGAUUGGCAAGCUCAAUUUUCUCUCCAACACAAGAAUAGAUAUAGCAUAUAGUGUCCAACACCUCAGUCAGUUCUUGCAAUCGCCCAGAGAACCUCAUUUGAAGGCUUCUUACCAUGUCGUAAGAUACCUCAAACAAGACCCUACAUUGGGAAUAUUUGUCUCUAAUAAACCCCACCUCAAUAUCAGUGCUUUUUGUGAUUCAAAUUGGGCUACUUGUCCUGAUUCAAGAAAGUCAAUCAGUGGUUACCUGGUCAUCAUGGGUAAUAGUCCCAUUAGUUGGAAGUCUAAGAAGCAAGCCAUAGUCUCCUUAUCUUCUGUAGAAGCUGAGUACAGGGCUGUGAGACAAGUAGUUGGUUCUCAAUUGGCAGAUGUUUUCACCAAAGCCUUAACUAGUGUCAAGCAUGCUACUCUUUUGGGCAAGUUGUCUGUGUUCAGCUCACCUCCAACUUGA